CAUUUGUAAUAGAGAAAAAAAAUCUGAAACUACAGUCUUACAACUUACAAGCUUGCUCUUUCCUUUCCUCUUCUCCGUAAUCUUUCAUAUAUCUACCUCUUAACCCGCCAUUGCCGUCAAUUUUCAAGCUUGUAAACCCUAAUUUUCUUGGGGUUCACUCUAAAUUGCUACAAUAAGUGAGAAAUAAGAAGGAAGAAAAGAAUCACUGCUUAGAUACCAACCGAAUUUUGUUAUCCAUAACAAAUACCCUAAAAACACAUUUAGUUUGCGUUUUAACAAAAGGGAUUAAAGAUGAGGAUUAUGAUAAAAGGAGGUGUUUGGAAGAACACCGAAGAUGAAAUUCUUAAAGCUGCUGUUAUGAAAUAUGGAAAAAAUCAAUGGGCUCGUAUAUCUUCUCUCCUUGUUCGUAAAUCUGCUAAACAGUGUAAAGCUCGUUGGUAUGAAUGGCUUGAUCCUUCAAUUAAAAAGACAGAAUGGACUAGAGAUGAAGAUGAAAGGUUGCUUCAUGUUGCGAAACUUAUGCCAACUCAAUGGAGGACUAUAGCACCAAUUGUUGGUCGUACUCCUUCUCAAUGUCUUGAGCGUUAUGAGAAACUUCUUGAUGCAGCUUGUACCAAGGAUGAAAAUUAUGAGCCAGGGGAUGAUCCACGCAAGUUGCGUCCUGGAGAAAUUGAUCCCAAUCCAGAAUCCAAGCCUGCGCGGCCAGAUCCUGUUGAUAUGGAUGAAGAUGAGAAAGAAAUGCUCUCUGAAGCGCGUGCUCGUCUAGCCAACACAAGAGGUAAAAAGGCUAAAAGAAAAGCUAGGGAGAAGCAGCUUGAAGAGGCUAGGAGGCUUGCUUCAUUGCAGAAAAGAAGAGAGCUUAAGGCAGCUGGUAUAGACGUCAGACAAAGAAAGAGGAAACGGAAGGGAAUUGAUUAUAAUGCUGAGAUACCCUUUGAGAAAAGGCCUCCACCUGGGUUUUAUGAUGUUGCUGAUGAAGAUAGGCCUGUUGAGCAGCCUCAAUUUCCCACGACAAUUGGUGAACUUGAAGGAGAAAGAAGGGCGGAUAUUGAAGCCCGUCUACGGAAACAAGAUAUUGCAAAGAAUAAGAUAGCUCAAAGGCAAGAUGCUCCGGCAGCAAUAAUGCAAGCCAACAAGCUUAAUGAUCCUGAGACAGUUAGGAAGAGGUCGAAGCUGAUGCUUCCUCCUCCACAGAUUUCUGACCAGGAGCUAGAGGAAAUUGCACGAAUGGGUUAUGCUAGUGAUCUUUUAGCAGGAAACCAGGAACUUUCUGAAGGCAGUGGUGCCACCCAUGCUCUUAUUGGAAAUAAUUAUCAGACACCUCGACCAGGGAUGACGCCCAUGCGCACACCCCAGAGAACCCCUGCUGGAAAGGGGGAUGCUAUUAUGAUGGAAGCUGAAAAUUUGGCUAGACUGAGGGAAUCUCAAACUCCAUUGCUUGGAGGACACAACCCUGAGUUGCAUCCUUCUGAUUUUUCUGGUGUCACUCCAAAGAAAAGGGAUAUUCAAACUCCUAAUCCCAUGCUUACUCCCUUAGCAACUCCGGGAGGUGCAGGACUUACUCCAAAGGUUGGUAUGACUCCUUCCAGGGAUGGUUCUUUUAGCAUGACACCCAGAGGAACCCCUCUCAGGGAUGAGCUUCACAUAAAUGAAGAGUUGGAUACUCAUGAUAGUGCGAAACUUGAACUUAGAAGACAAGCUGACCUGAAAAGGAAUCUGCGUAUGGGUCUAAGCAGUCUUCCAGGGCCCAAAAAUGAGUAUGAAGUAGUUGUUCGUCCAGCUCCAGAUGAUACUGAAGAAUCAGAGGAGAAAAUUGAGGAAGACAUGUCUGACAGGUUAGCUCGUGAGAGGGCUGAAGAAGAAGCAAGGCUGCAGGCAUUGCUCAAAAAGAGAUCAAAAGUCCUGCAAAGGGAGCUUCCUCGUCCUCCAGCUGCUUCUGUUGAUCUGAUUAGGCAUUCAUUAAUGAGAGCUGAUGAAGAUAAGAGCUCGUUUGUCCCUCCUACUGACAUUGAGCAGGCAGAUGAAAUGGUAAGAAAGGAGUUAUUGAGCUUGCUUGAGCAUGAUAAUGCCAAGUAUCCACUUACAGAGAAAGAGAAAAAGAAAGGGUCCAAACGCAGUGCUAAUGCAGUACCUGUGAUUGAGGAUUUUGAAGAAGAUGAACUAAAAAAUGCUGCAUCUUUUAUUGAAGAGGAGGCUCAGUAUCUACGUGUGGCAAUGGGACAUCAGGACGUGACUAUUGAUGAUUUCAUUGAGGCGCACAAGACUUCCUUAAAUGAUUUGAUGUACUUUCCCUCUCGUAACGCUUAUGGUCUAUCAAGUGUGGCUGGAACUGUAGAGAAAAUUGCUGCCCUACAAAAUGAAUUUGAGAAUGUUAAGAGGAAGAUGGAUGAUGAUAGCAAAAAGGCACAACGACUUGAAAAGAAAAUUGAUGUUCUUACACAUGGUUACAAGAUGCGGGCUGAAAAACUGAAGACACAAACUGAGCUUAUUUUCAAACAAAUGAACACAUCUGGGACUGAAUUGGAUUGCUUCCUAGCUUUGCAGAGACAGGAAAAAUUGGCAGCUUCUUUCAGGAUCAAGGGUCUCUGGGAAGAAGUCCAGAAACAGAAGGAGCUGGAGAAAACUUUGCAGAAACGUUACGGAGAUCUUGUUACUGAACUAGAGAGGGUACAGCAGCUCAUAAAUCAUCACCGUAUACAAGUUCAAAAAUUGGAAGAAAUGGAAGCAAAGAAGCUUGCGGAAGAGCUAGCUGAGAAAGAAGCUAAUGAGGCUGCUCCGCCAAGUUCUGAAAUUCUUGACCCUGCAAGUGCCGUGGAAGUAGAUGUAUCUGACAAUUUAAAGCCUCAUCAGGAUGGGGAUGGUACCGAAAUGGUAAAUGGAGCGAAUUCUGAAAAUGACAUGAAUAUAGACGGUGAUGCGACUUCAGCUGCGAAUACUCGUCCGGAUUCUGAAAUAGUCAGGGAUCAGCAUGUGGAUGGCACUAAAGUUUCCGAUAGUCUUUCAGAGAAUACAGAUAAUGUCCAGGCUGUUGAAAAUAAUGGUUUUGUCGAAGGGGAGUCUCAUUCUACAAGCAAAAUGGACAACCAGGGAGUAGACAAGGAACCCGACAGCAAGAUCAACACGGAAGAAGCGAAUCAAUCUACAACAGAGGGAACCUCGGAAGAUUCUUUAGAUAAGACGAACAAUGGCGGUAGUGAUUUUCAAGCGUGAGUCUGGCAUAACUAGCAGUUACAAGCCAUUGUCACAUGUCGGAAACCAUUGCACAUUAAAGAGGGUGCAACAUACGUUGAAAGAUGUGGAAUGAUAGGUUUCAUGAGGCCAUCUGAAGUUUCUUGGGUCCACAUUCUUGAUUGCGCGGUGUUUUUUCGUGUAAGCUGGAUGAUAAAUCGUGAAGCUUGCUUUUAGUUCCAUACUUCCAUCACAUGUCUUUGGUAUGUUUCCUGUUCACAUACUGUCAGAACUAGAACUCUGAAAUACAUUGAACUUGUGCACUUGUAUUCAAUCUUUACGGUUCUGACUAUGCCCAACGAAGAUAGAACUCAACUUAUUCAGAAACUAAAAUUCGGUUUUUGUAGGUUCGAAGUUAUGUACUGUUGUAGUUUGUACUUUGUACGUUCGAUCUGUGAUUUAUGUAGACAUUUUAACAUCUGAUGGGAAUAUAGUCGUUGGUUCUGUUA